AUGAGAUGGCGCACCAUCUCCACAGCUAAUGCCGUGAUCAACAGUGAAUAUACGCUGAUCAAGAACCGAGCCAAAUACUUCCCAUCAAAAAGUGUUCAAGAUGACCAUUCCCUCCACGAAAGCACCAUGCUUCGAAUCUUUUAUCGCAGAUUUAUGAGGCUACGCCCAUUUGUGUCAAAUCGUCGAAUGGUUAGAGAUACAUAUACGGACUAUCUUCGAUACAAGUUCAAGGUUGAAAAUUAUGAGCUUAAGAGGUCGAUAAUUUUUAGUGAGCCACCACUUGUCAGUUUUCGAGAGGAGCUCUGGAACAGCUUAGCGUUCAUAAUCAAGGCUGUUUCCUAUUUGCCAGAGACGAAGCAGAAAAAAUGGGGAUUAGCUCGGGACAACACUAUGUGCCGCCAAGUUUUCAAAAAUCUACUGACAUUGGAGUUCGAGAAACAAUCUAAGAUUUUAAGGAAGGGCCAAGGGAAGGAUAACCCCUAUGCUGAUUAUAGACUAGAAUUCAAUCACAUCAGAAACCCAGACGCGUCGCCAGCGUUUAAAGUGUUUGGAGAGUAUGAUAUAUGCCUGUUGUAUCUGAAUCGAAUGCUACGUACUAGAUUGUAA